AUGGCUGGAAUCGAGGCGCAUACGGAAGGACAUGAAAUCAAGACGUUCGAGCCUACAUUCCCCACCGAACAGACUUCUCUUCCUUCGACACAAUCUUCCCGCCGAGGCAAAGUUCCAGCUGCUAGUGGGGACAAGCAAAACCAUGAACAAAAUUCCGCCUCGCAGGAGGUUGAUGAAACAAUUCAAUACUCCAAGAAACAGUCAGCUAGCAAUGGGGGCCUUCAAUGGAUCACCGGCAACAAACCUGAUGAUCUUAGGACCAAACACGUCAUGCAAACUGUGCGCCAGAAUGCCAUGGGCAGUUAUUUGAAAGGAGCAAGGAAAAUGGCUGAGUCGCGAACAAGCGUCGGUAGUCAAGAUGCUUCAAAACCUCGCUCUACCCGGUCUUUGAAAGGCAAAGGUAAAAAAACGAGCGAAGUUCAGACGCCGAGCGAAGCUACCUGGGAGACAACAGAACUGAGCGUGGAAGAUGUGAUCGAUGGCUCAUCUACGAUUACUACAACACCCGAUCCUAUCAGAUCUGUGUUCUCUACAGAAUCGUCAAUGACCUUAAUAAAGGUAUUCUCUCGGAGGGGUAUAAGUGAAAUCUCGCGCAAGCAGCUCCAGAUCGCAACGCGAGUAUUCGUAUCCGUUAUACAGUCAGACCAAGUGCUGGGACCCAUAUACGAAUCUGGUCGCAACGAUCCCACUCUUGAGCCAAAGAUAUUACGUGGAUACGUAUUUGAAACUCUGAUAUCAUAUGCACGUAAUCUCAGAAACGAGGCUAAAGACCAUCUGGAAGUUAUUGCAUCGAACCUUGUGCUUGAUCAGGUCAGUCACGCCGCUCGAUGCAUUAGUGAUGACUACAAGUGGACACAUGGAUUAACGGAAGAUGCGGACGAUAGCUCUGAUGAUGAAGUUCAAGGACAGUCCGUCGAUGAGCGGCAGUUCAAUGACGAUCUAGAUGCUUUCCGAUCGUUUUUGACACAGAGCAAUGCUUUUGCGACACUUCGAACUGAGACGCAAUCGUCCUAUCUCUUUAGACCUACCGUAUCAGUCACCGAAAGUUCCGAAACCUACGUCGGAGAAGACAUCCAAGAUACAGCUAUGUUCAUGGUGACAAAUCUCCUUGUAUCAUUGGAAUGUCUGGAACCUCCUUUGCAGACUGGAUGGACUCGAAUCAAGAUCGAAUGCCACACGUGUGGUGAACGCUCCUUUGACGAUGUUCUAGAGCAUCGCGAAGGCGGUAUAGCUGAGCUGAAGCAAUGGAUGGAACGCGCCCUGAAUGCCACAAUCACAGUCGUCCACCCCAACGACGAGGCUGCUUCUACUCACGGCCGUUUGCACUCCCCUGCACUGGUACACAACAUACUUCGUGGACUUCAGAAAAUAUCCACAUGGGGAAAAUCUCCGAGAGAUCCGGUACUGCCUGAACAUAACGGUCCACAGCUAGAAAAUUACGACUUCGCAUGCCCCCUGGACAGCACAUACCCGGUGAUACCACCAAGAGCCUUCGCACACAUGCUAAAGCACACGACACGAGACGUCCAUGAGGAUCAAACUCACAUCUAUAGAUGGGUACCAAAACGAAAGGGCACGAUAUUAGAUGUGGAUCCUAAGACAGAACUGGCAGAUGCAUGGGGUCUCUACUUCGAGGAAGGCUGGGAUCCGAACGAUAUCAUGACGCUCUUCGGCCUGGUCUUCGUCGUCAGUCUGAUCUUCCUCGUAUGCUGGUCAAAGUACACAUCGGAUGUCUCUGCUGCGUCGGGUGUCAGUUCUUACAUGAUCACUGUAGCUGGCAUCGCGAUCUCCCUGCUUGUUAUAAGAGCUGGCAAUAUGUAA